GAGCCGCGCCCUGGGUCCAUGGCGAUGAACUACAGCGCGAAGGAGGAGGUGGACGGCGGGCCCCCGUGCGCCCCCGGGGGCCCGGCGAAGACGCGGAGGCCGGACAACACGGCCUUCAAGCAGCAGCGGCUGCCGGCCUGGCAGCCCAUCCUGACGGCGGGCACCGUGCUGCCGACCUUCUUCAUCAUCGGCCUCAUCUUCAUCCCCAUCGGCAUCGGCAUCUUCGUCACCUCCAACAACAUCCGCGAGAUCGAGAUUGAUUACACCGGAAUAGACCCUUCUAGUCCCUGCCAUAAAUGUUUGUCUCCAAAUGUAACACAUUGUGUUUGUACCAUUAACUUCACAUUGGAACAGUCAUUUGAGGGAAAUGUGUUUAUGUAUUAUGGUCUCUCUAAUUUCUAUCAAAACCAUCGUCGUUAUGUGAAAUCUAGAGAUGAUAGUCAACUGAACGGAGAUUCAAAUGCUUUACUUAAUCCCAGUAAGGAAUGUGAACCUUAUCGAAGAAAUGAAGACAAACCAAUUGCUCCAUGUGGAGCUAUUGCAAACAGCAUGUUUAAUGAUACAUUAGAAUUAUUUUUGGUUGGCAACGAUUCUGAACCGAUUCCAAUUAAAUUGAAAAGAAAAGGUAUUGCGUGGUGGACAGAUAAAAAUGUGAAAUUCAGAAAUCCUCCUGGAGAAGGACCCCUGGAAGAACGAUUCAAAGGUACAACAAAGCCAGUAAACUGGGUUAAACCAGUAUAUAUGCUGGAUAAGGAUGAAGAUAACAAUGGCUUCAUAAAUGAAGAUUUUAUUGUUUGGAUGCGCACUGCAGCAUUACCUACAUUUCGUAAGUUGUAUCGUCUUAUAGAGCGAAAGAGUGAUUUACAUCCAACAUUACCAGCUGGACGAUACUUGUUGAAUAUCUCAUACAAUUACCCUGUACAUUUUUUUGAUGGACGAAAACGGAUGAUCUUGAGCACAAUUUCAUGGAUGGGAGGAAAAAAUCCAUUUUUAGGGAUUGCUUAUAUAACUAUUGGAUCCAUCUCCUUCCUUCUGGGAGUUGUACUGCUAGUAAUUAACCAUAAGUAUAGAAACAGCGGUAAUACUGCCGACAUUACUAUUUAAUUUUUUAUUCUGAAAACAAAUUUACUGCAUGUGCUUCAAGGCUAGUCCUAUUCAGCCUAGCUUUCAAAUGCUGAUGUCUGGUUAGUAUGUCAUUUUUGAAGUUGAUGCAUAACUUUUUUUUGGAAACAGUCUGUGUUCUGUUGUUUGUGAAUGACCUAUGAAAAUAUAUGACGGGUAUAAAACAAACUAGAUAUAUUGAGCACAUCAACAUUGUAACUGCUGAAAUGGCAUUCUCAUGUUUUCUUUUUUGUUGGGACAGGUCCUGUGAUGCAUAGAGCCUCUUUCAUGUGAAAUGCAUUUACUGCUUAAAAGUUUAUGCAGUGUUGAUAAAAUUAUUUGACAUUUAUGUAUAUGUGUGCCUGUUGUGUGAAGAAAGGGAUUACAAAAUGUAUGAGUAUAAUGACUUGCUAAUGUUUCAGGAUCUAUACUUAUGAAAAGAUGAAGAAGACCAAAUAUAAAUAAAAUACUUUAUCAUUUUCA